CCACCUGCCACCUCCUGCCACCUCCUGCCACCUCGACGUGCGCGCCCUCGGAUAGCUGUAACAUCUCUCCUUCGUCAUGCCUAGAGCAAAGGAGUCAACAGCGGGAGCGUCAACAGCCCAAGCCCAACAGGAUGCCGUCUCGGAAGGCAUAGACAACUUCGAGCUGCCCCGGAGUCUCAUCAUGAAGCUCGCGCGCGCGUCGCAGGUACCGGAAACCACGAAGUUCUCCAAAGAUUCAAUGCUGUCCAUUCUGAAGUGUUCCACCGUGUGGGUGAACUACCUUGCUGCGACAGCACACGAAGUCGCGAGCUCAAAACAGCACAAGAGCAUCUCCGCCACCGAUGUCGUCAAAGCGCUCGAACUCGUCGAGUUCCCCGACAUCGCUAAGGUCGUCCAAGCAGAGCUGCCCACGUACCGUGAGACACAAAGGGCAGACAAGCGAAAAGGCGGCGCCAAGGCAAAAGCAAAGGACACGUCCGAGUCCGCGUCCGCCGCAUCAAAACCUAGAGGCAAGGGCAAGGCAGCGGCCGCGUCCGAGCCCCAGCAACCUAUUCCCCCGAUCCAUAUCCGCCCUUCCUCCUCCGCGUCUGCCGCGCACACAGCUGCCGAUCCGUCGUCAGAGGUCGCAGAAGACGUCGAUGAGGACCAGGAAAUGCAGGAUCCGGAUCAAGAUCAGGAGGAGGAGGCGGUAGAGGAUGUCGACGAGGAGAUGGAUGACGAGGAGUUAGGGGAUGAGGAGGAGCCUGAAGAUACGAUGGCACUGGAGGACGAGGAGCUACGGCGAGAUGCGAAGGGGCUUGACGCCCAACAUGCGUUAGAGGAGGAUUGACCGGUUUGUCUCUGUCUUCGAUUCAUCGUACACCAUGUAGCAACGACAUUACCGCAAUACGGCCCUUCC